GGCUGAGGGCGGGCGCGCGAGCCAGCGAGGAAGGCUGCACGGAGGAGGAGGGGGGACCCCCUCCAGCUGCCCGCAGCAGGAGCACCUCCUUCCCGAGCGAGGAGGAAGAGCCGACGACGCCACACGCUUCUUCCCUUGGCAGGAGGAGCGCGGCGCUCUCCAUGCGCCCUCAUCCAUCUCCAAGCGUCCGCAUCCUCCUGCUGCAGCGGCCCGAGCGCGCGCCUUUUGCGCCCAGCCCAGGUCUGGAUGAUUCUUCAGGAAACCUGAAGUAAACCAUGACAGGUCUGGCUUGGAUGCCUUUUGAAUUCCUCUUACCCUUGCAUAUAAUGAACACUCUGUGAAAUAGAAAAAAUGCUGAAAAUAGUUUGGCUCCCUCCCUGUAUGGAAGACUGAAAGGAGAUUGAUUGUCAAAGGAGAUCACCAGAACCUAGCUGCAGCAAUGAGUUCAGAGGAGAAAGGUGCAUCUCCUGCUCACAAAACCUCUACACCAUCUCAUAAAAGUGCCUCUUCUUCUUCAUCCUCCCAGCGGGACAGCAGGCAGAGUGGCCAUGUGUUAGAGCGGAAUUUUUCUUCUGGAAGCACAGAUCCGGUACUUGGCAAACAGUUGCUAGAAAAUGAACCAGUAGCUGUAUCUAAAGAGCCAGACAACUGGGAAAUUAUAGAAGGCCUCAAAAUUGGGCAGACCAAUGUCCAGAAGCCAGACAAACAUGAAGGAUUCAUGCUGAAGAAGAGGAAAUGGCCUUUGAAAGGUUGGCACAAGCGCUUUUUUGUCUUGGAUAACGGAAUGUUGAAAUAUUCAAAGUCGCCAAUUGAUACUCAGAAAGGAAAGGUUCACGGGAGCAUAGAUGUUGGCUUGUCAGUUAUGUCGAUUAAAAAGAAAGCUCGGAGGAUAGACCUUGACACUGAAGAGCAUAUUUACCAUUUGAAAGUAAAAUCCCAGGACUCGUUUGAUGCUUGGGUAUCGAGGCUGCGCCACCACAGGUUAUACCGUCAGAACGAGAUUGUACGAUCACCACGAGAUGCCGGACUCCACAUAUUCCCUUCAGCGCCAACUACUGAAUCUUCACCAGCUGCUAAUGUUGCUGCCUUAGAGGCCAAGGUCGCACAGAAUAAUUUCCCAUGGCAGCCAUCUAUUACCUGCAGCAACAGCCUCCCCGCAACGUGUACCACUGGCCAAAGUAAAGUAGUUGCUUGGUUGCAAGACUCUGAGGAGAUGGACAGGUGUGCAGAAGACCUUACGCACUGCCAGUCAAACCUUGUGGAACUCAGUAAAAUUCUUCAAAACUUAGAAAUACUUCAGAGGACUCAGUCAGCUCCAAAUUUCACGGAUAUGCAGGCUAAUUGUGUAGAUAAGAAAGACAAGCGUGUCACAAGAAGAUGGAGAACAAAAAGUGUCAGCAAAGAUGCUAAAAUACAGCUUCAGGAAGGGACACCACUGAAAGGCCAGUUCAGUACCGCACGGCGUCGCCAGAGACUAGCAGAUGCAGUGGCUACAACAGUUCCUUUCAGCGCUACAAUGUCUCCUGUUCGCCUGCAUUCAUCCAAUCCUAACCUUUGUGCAGACAUCGAAUUUCAGCCUCCUCCAAGCCAUGCAUCUGACCCCCUGGAAAGCUCCACGGACUACCUGAAACUCCAAGAAGAGUUUUGCCUCAUGGCACAGAAAGUACAUUCUCUUCUGAGGUCUGCCUUCAACAGCAUAGCGAUAGAGAAGGAGAAGCUUAAGCAGAUGGUUUCAGAACAUGAUUUCGCUGGGCACAAUACACAGAUAACGUGUCUCAGGCAAUCCCUCUCGCAGGCUAUCAACCAGAAUGCUGAACUAAGGAGUCGCUUGAACAGAAUACAUUCAGAGUCUGUUAUUUGUGAUCAGGUUGUCAGUGUAAAUAUUAUCCCUAGUCCUGAUGAGGCAGGUGAACAGAUCCAUGUCAGUCUCCCACUCUCCCAGCAAGUUUCUAACGAAAGCAGGCUCUCCAUGUCGGAAUCUGUCUCUGAAUUCUUCGAUGCGCAGGAGGUGCUUCUGUCUGCAAGCUCAUCAGAAAACGAGGCUUCUGAUGAUGAGUCGUACAUCAGUGACGUGAGUGACAACAUAUCAGAGGACAACACCAGUGUUGCAGACAACAUUUCUCGGCAAUUACUUAAUGAUGAGCUGACCGGUGGGGCUUUCAGAAAUGGACGAAGGACAUGCCUACCGACCCCCUGCCCUGAUACUAGUAAUAUCAACCUGUGGAACAUUUUGAGGAACAAUAUCGGGAAGGAUCUCUCGAAAGUAUCCAUGCCGGUAGAGCUAAACGAGCCUCUGAAUACAUUGCAACACCUUUGUGAGGAACUAGAAUACAGUGAACUCUUGGACAAGGCUGCUGAAUCUGAUGACCCCUACGAACGAAUGGUCCUUAUUGCUGCCUUUGCAACUUCAGGAUAUGCCUCCACUUAUUACAGAGCUGGAAGCAAGCCUUUUAACCCUGUGCUUGGUGAAACUUACGAAUCUAUUAGGGAAGACAAAGGAUUUCGUUUUUUCUCGGAGCAGGUUAGCCACCACCCACCCAUUUCUGCCUGUCACUGUGAAUCAAAGAAUUUUGUGUUUUGGCAAGAUAUCAGGUGGAAAAACAAAUUCUGGGGCAAGUCAAUGGAAAUUCUGCCAAUCGGAACACUGAAUGUCACUCUUCCAAAGUACGGUGAUUCCUACGUAUGGAACAAAGUCACUACUUGCAUACACAACAUCCUCAGUGGAAGGAGAUGGAUAGAACAUUAUGGAGAAAUAACCAUCAGAAACACAAAAAGCAGCGUUUGUAUUUGUAAACUCACAUUCAUCAAGGUGAAUUACUGGAAUUCGAACAUGAAUGAAGUUCAAGGCGUUGUCAUGGACCAAGAAGGAAAGGUGGUGCAUCGCCUCUUUGGAAAGUGGCAUGAAGGGUUGUACUGUGGAGUUGGGCCUUCGGCAAAAUGUAUAUGGAGACCAGGCUCCAUGCCCACCAACUACGAGCACUAUUAUGGCUUCACAAGGUUUGCCAUUGAGCUGAAUGAGUUAGAUCCUGCACUGAAAGAACUUCUUCCAAGAACAGAUGCCCGAUUCAGGCCAGACCAAAGGCUUUUGGAAGACGGGGAUUUAGAAGCAGCAGCAUCAGAAAAACUAAGAAUAGAAGAACUCCAGAGAAGUCGAAGACGCUACUUAGAAGAAAAUAAUAUGGAACAUGUACCAAAAUUUUUUAAAAAAGUUAUCGAUGCCAAUCAAAGAGAAGCUUGGGUUUCUAACGACACGUAUUGGGAACUCCGAAAGGAUCCUGGCUUUAGUAAAGUAGAAACCCUCAAACUCUGGUAAACUGAGAAUGUAGAUCUAGUAACAUAUCACUCCUUAAAAAAAAAAACCUUAAAAAAACUAUGCACAACAUGUUUCUUAUAGCUGAGGUUGGUUUGUGGGCCUGCAAGAAACCUUUCAUUUGCUUUUAUAUUCAUCUUUAUAAAUGGACUUCCAAAAGUGCAUUAGCCCAGACCCCGGACAUUUCUGAAGCUGGCAUUAAAUUAAAGGGAGGGGGAACCAACACACCCUUUAAAUAUUGAGAUACGGGAAAUGCAGCGGAAGAGAAGCAUGCACUGAGUUAGCCAAAGAUGCUUUCGAAGAGUAUCUGGUGCUUAAAAUAGACAACAGAAAAGAUACAAAAACGAAACAAGAUUUGUUUUAAUGGAACAUGUCUAGAAUGUCCACCCAUGCUAUUAUUAAACCUUGAGUCACAAUACUUGUUCAUUUCUAGCUUCGGGUUAGUUUCUUGAUGUGUGAUGUGCUUAGACUGGCCACAUCGAAAAAGGCAUAAUGCUUUUCUGGAAGCUCUUCUCAUCCAUACACCAUUGUUCAUGCCUUAAAAAAACACCCAAUGUGAAGUUGUACAUUUAAGUCAUUUUAAAAUAUGUAUUCUUAGACGUUUGUCAGGGGCAGAUUUUUAAAGCGCUAGGAUUUUGUUUAUAUUAUAAAUAACGAAGAAAGUGUAUUAUUAUUAUUAUUUAAGAGAAAAGAGAGAAACCCUAAAUGGAUUGUAAAGGAAAACGAUCAACUAGUACAUGUUUUAACUUUGGGGGGUGGGGUGGGGACUAUUGUAUGGUCAAGUUGAAAGGAGACUGGCUGGUUUUGUAACAACCUUGGCAAAUGAAGCCGAGGUCGUAUUCUCAAUGCCUAAUGCUGUGAUAAAUAUACCAUCUCUUCCCAUGGCUUCACACUUUUGUCUCAUUUCCUCAUAAGGCUUUAUGCAAUUGGAAUUCCCUGAAGCUUUGCAUGAGUGUUAAGCACAAAAAAUGACAAGUGUCUUGUCUCCUUUCCCAGGGGUGGAUUAUCCUGGUAACAUAUAUGGUCAUGUUCUCUUUUGUACACAAGGUGCUUUUGUUGCACAUCUGUUUUAAUGGGGAAAGCAACGUAGCAUCUGCAACUAAGCUCUCGGUAGCAUUUUGCUACUGCUAAUACGGCUUUUGUGCAUAAUUAUAUUUUACCAUUUUACAAAAAGGCAAUUAUAUUUUUCGAUGAAGAAGCAAGACCUUAAAUGGUUGCUGUGCAGCACAUUUCAAUGAUGUAUAUGGAAGGAGCCUGCAUGACUUCUGUCUCAAAGUAAAGUGAAGUUGGCAUGCUUUGCUGCAGUCAGUAUUAUUAGAUAAAAAUCCCGCUUGGACUACUGCAAUGCGCUCUACGUGGGGCUACCUUUGAAGGUGACCCGGAAACUGCAAUGAAUCCAGAAUGCAGCAGCUAGACUGGUGACUGGGAGCGUCCGCCGAGACCACAUAACACCGGUCCUAAGAGAUCUACAUUGGCUCCCAGUACGUUUCCGAGCACAAUUCAAAGUGUUGGUCCUGACCUUUAAAGCCCUAAACCGCCUCUGUCCUAUAUACCUGAAGUAGCGUCUCCACCCCCAUUGUUCAGCCCGGACACUGAGAUCCAGCGGCGAGGGCCUUCUCGAUAGUGGCGCCCGCCCUGUGGAACGCCCUCCCAUUGGAGGUCAAGGAGAUAAACAACUACCUGACAUUUAGAAAACACCUAAAGGCAGCCCUGUUUAGGGAAGUUUUUAAUCUGUGAUAUUUUAAUGUAUUUUGGUAUUUGUUGGAAGCCGCCCAGAGUGGCGGGGGAAACCCAGCCAGAUGGGUGAGGUAUAAAUAAAUAAUAAUAAUAAUAAUAUUUUUUUAAUGUCAUCUUGUCUUUCAUUCAUGCCCAGUUUGCUAACAGACUCUCUACUUGCAUCUCAUAGGCAUCAAUGACAGAAAAGAUCUCCUUGUAUUAGAUUUCAAAAAAUAUUUCUAUAUAUAUACAGUACAUAGCACAUAAUUCUAAAUAUGCUUAAUUUCCCUUUGCAUGGUGCUUCUUAAGAACGACUUCUUGGUGGGGUUCCAUAGAGAUACAGAGGUGUCUCUUACCAUUAUUUCCCAAAAGCAAAUUGGCUGUUCAUUUAACUGUGCUACAAAUUACUUAUACAGUAUAUAUAUCUAGAUUUCCAAAGCCCACAAUUCCUUCUUUACAAGCACAUCUGCCAAAGAAACAAAGAGUUAUAAAUAUGAUUUCUCCCCACAGUGUUACUUCCUCUUGGGAUACACAAUAUAGAUGAAUAUUUAAAUAUUUGACCACAACUUCUUUCUGAGCUGCACUUGUAGCUUGGGGUCUCUUUCGUUUGACUGAGGCUUAGAAUAAAUUCCAGACGAUUCUAUGGCAAUGAUCACAUCAUGACCUUUUAAGUCUGUUCUUGCAAAAGUACUGUUUGACAUUUCAAAAUAUCAGUUUUCAUUUUCUAAGCAGAUCAAGUUUUGUAGUCUGCAGCUUCUGGUUUUUGGGGUUAUCAUAUGAAGACUGGAAAAAGUGUUGGUAAAAUAUUUCAGGGGUGCAGCGUGGGACCCUUGGAACUACUAAUCAUAGCUCCCAGUUGAAGUCUUCCUUACUGAGAAUAUUUGCUGAGCUCAUUUCUUCCCUUCUGUCAUUCAAAUCUAAUCAAACACUUUAAACAAAACAGCUAAUUUAUUACCCAUAUGAAAGUUAACUAAAGCAAGGGGGAAGAGACAGAUGUAACAUUUUUAGAGUAGCGCGGUCGUUUUGUCCAAAUGUACCUUUAAUUUCUAGGGGCUGAUCUCUGAAGUGGUCAAAACAGCUUGAAUUUUUAAAAUAGGAAUGCAUACAAAGGCCAUUUCCCUAUGUGUGGUUGCACACUAGCAUGGGCUGAUGCAACAGGCUUGAGCUGGCCCAGUAAACGCUUUUAGAAACCGCCCCUGCCCCGCUACACUUCCCCAAUGCCAUGUCACAGGUUGCUUCUACAAUUUCCCCUAGGUUUUAAAGGUAUGUUUGUUAUGUGGAACAAAGAAGCUGUUCUUCCAAAACCUGCAAACAACCUAAAUCUAACUACCUUGGGUUCCCCGAGUUAGUUUCUUUGUAGCAUGGGAUCUUUUCAAAACCAUUCAGUGCAUCACUCGCCUUGAGCUUCUUGCUUUUUUAUGCAAUAAACUAAGUCUAAACAAAGUGUGUAAUAUUUAUGCAAGGUUAGCCCUACUAGAAAUUCAUGGAUUCCAAUCGUGCAAAGCAGUCACACAUCACUUGCUGCAGAAUUUAUGUGAAUCAUUUUACACAGAGUCUCUGUGGUGUGGCUGCUGCAGCAAAAAAGAAAAAAAAGGCUUUCUCCUUCUACAUUACAUUAGUUAUGUACUGAAGAGUUUUGUCAUAUCGUUUGCCCAGAACAUUUGGGUAAUGCUUGCAGCAGUGGCCUGUCCGUGGUGGACAGACAGGUGCUGGUAUGGAAAUGCCCAUGUGAUCUAGGCAAUAUAUGGAAUUGUGUGCUUUUAUAUAUUACCAUGACAACAUGGUAGGCACUUGUGGAACACUGGUUCUGUAGCAUCCAUACUGCAGAGAUAACAUGCAGAUUCAGCCUCAGAGUCAUGAAUAUCACGCAUUUCUUUUCUUUUUCGAAACAUGAAUUUUACAGUGAGUUGCUUUUUCAAAAAUACUAUACAAGAACAUUUUUUAAAACAUAUAUAUAUAUAUAGAAGCAGAAUAUAUACAUUAGUAGCAAAUAUGCAAAACAAACAAAUUAUAACACAAUCAUGGAACUCACUUAAGAAGGGAUAUUCACCCUAUCCGGCAGAAAUGCAAAUUAUCGUGUAUUUCUGCAAGUGACAGAACUCAUAUGAUGUAGACUUUUCUUUAUUAAAUUUUCCAGAUUUGAAAAUUGAGGUCUUCUGUACUCUGAGCCUCUUCCCACUCCUGCAAGCUUCAGGAAAAUCUCAAGAAGACAUUGUAUGAUUUGCUUCCUUGUUAAACUGGAAGGCGCUGCACCAAACUACCACAGUCAUGUUCCCUGCCUGAGCUCUGUAUAUGCUCUUGUUUUCAAGUAGCCCUCCCCUUCCUCUCUUCUAUUAGUGAUGGAUAUAAUCACAUUUCAGUAGUAGAGGUUUUCAGCACACCUGCAAAUUUGGAGAAAGUAGUGGCUUUCUAGAUUCUUGAAAAGGUCUAGGAUGCCUCCCAAGGGGACUUGCUAAACCCAGGCCUUGCACUAUGCAAGAGUUCAGAAAUCGCCCCCCACCCCCACCCCAAAUGCUUGGCAUGCCAUCACUACCAUUGCUAGACGAAGCCCUGGAGCACUGAUGCACAUCAAGGCAAAAGCUACUCCUGUAGUAGUUAUCUGUAAGUGUUCUUCGCUAGGGGGAAAAAAACCCAACACCUCAAGAUGAAGGAGCUUUUAGAUUUAGGGUUGUUAAAUUUAUAUAUUGCUUCCCACUACAAAGCCUUGAAGCAGCGGCGAAGCCCUACAGCUGAGACGGAGGGGGCAGGUGAAUGUCAGCCCCACGCUGCCGUUUUGGGCAGCACGGAGCCUGCAGCAGUCCGAGCCACCGUGUCACUCCCAGGAGAGAUGCAUGGUUUGGGCAUGCUGCAGGCCAGGCCCCGUGCUAAGAGCCACCCUCCGGGUGUGGCGUCCAGUGCCCCCUGCCCCCCUUCCCUCCUAGCUAUGCCUCUGCCGUGAAGCAAUUUGUAACCAGAGCAAAAGUGAUAAAAAAUAUUGGUAGUAAAUAAACAUUUGGUGGGUUUUCCCCAAGUCCAGGGCUCAGAAAUAAUGGUUGUGGACAUGGGAAGGUACCUUUGGAUUAUGUUCCGUGCUGCAUAGGUAAAUGAACAAAGACCACACUUAAGAGUACUAAUCCAUACUUUUGUGAUUUGAUAGAUUUUCUCUCAGCCAUCAUUGUGGUUAGGGAAAUGGUGCCAAAUCUGAGACUGGGAAAAUUCAUUUACCUCUGUGGUUUUUGAGAAUUUGAGUGCAAUCAAUAACUAUUAAAACAGGUAUUUCCUCAUUUACUUUGGUGGAUGCAGAAUUGUAAUGCUAAUCAGCAAAUCUUGUUCUCCAGCUAACUUGCCACUGAAUUACUUCCCUGUAAAAUAACUUUUGUUGUCAAGUUUUUUCAUUUCGCUUAGCCUACCCACCAGGAAAUGAUUGUGCGGAAAGGUGUAAGUAACAUGUCUUAAGGACAAUAGUUGAGUUGGGUUUCGUUUUGAAUUUAUGCUUAUUCCAAGAGGGGAGAAAAUCAAUGUUACCAAACUAUGUGCUGCAUUUUGUGCAGUGUUUUAUUUUAAUUCUAACAAAAAAUGUGUAGCAAAAGAACCAUAAUGAAAGUUGAAUUGUCUUUAAAAAAAAACAUGAGCACAAUCCAGUAAAUAUUCAUUUGAAAGUUUGACUAACAGUGGCCUGAUUUGCACAUCACUUAAAACCAUAGUUUUAAAUAAGCUAUGGUUUAAGGCAGGCACCCCCCAAACUUCGGCCCUCCAGAUGUUUUGGACUACAAUUCCCAUCUUCCCCGACCACUGGUCCUGUUAAAGGGGAUCAUGGGAGUUGUAGGCCAAAACAUCUGGAGGGCUGCAGUUUGGGGAUGCCUGGUUUAAGGAGCAAACUUUGGCGUAUGACUCGCUGAUUGGGGGAAUGAAGCCACAAGAGCUGGUGCCUACUUGUUUCCUGUCCACAGAAAGAACUAAGCACACACUCAUUUUAAACCAUCCUUAUUUGAAACUGUGGUCCCGGCUAUUGAAAGCUGUGAUAUAAGACAAGAGUCAUGCCUAGAUGAAGUCAACAGGGAAUAAUAUAGGCAGCUGACUUGUAAGGAGUCAGACCAUUGGUCCAUCUGACUUACUAUCUACUCUGACUGGCAGAAGUUCAGUAGCAGACCUUGGGGUCUCAAAUUUCAGCACCCUGUGUGACACCAAAAUUUGGCGCCAGCCCCACCUCUUGCACUCCAUUCUAAAUAAUAGUUGUGGCACCCCUGAGGUUCUGCAUUGUGACCAAAUCGGUUGCACUCCCCGAUAUACCUCCAAGAAGCUCUCCGUGGCUCAAGAGAAGGGUUCUUUCCAGCCUUAACCUGGAGAUGAUGGGGGUUAACCCUUAGCAUCUUCUGCAUGCAGUUAAGGUGCUGUGGUGUUGAGCUAUGGUUCCCCCCCCCAAAAAAAAACACUAGGAAGUGUUAAGCUCCACAAAGUUGUUAUGAUUUACUAGAUUGUGUUCUGUGGGUGUAAUGGAAAGGAGUGGUAUUCUUGGUAGGAGAGAAUGCAUGUGAACCUGAAACGUCACUUACUUCUGCUUUGUUUCCACUAUCCAAGAAACAAGCCACUGUUCCAUUUCUAAAGAUGUCCUCUUCUCUCUCUCUCCGUCCCUCUUUGCCAGUGGGAACUGUCGUGGCAGCAAACCAAAUGUGCUGCUCCAGCUACACAUCGUUCUUUCCUACCUGUCUUAUCACCUAUUUAAGAUCAUGUGUAUGUUGUGCUACCAAAAAAGCACGAGAACUGUGCCUCUUCAAAUGAAUGUUGUACAGAGGAAUGUUCCAUUUGUAAGAAAACAGGCCUCAAUAAAUUCACAGCAAUUACCUUUUAAAGUCACUUCUUUCUUUUUACGUUUUCUGAUUCACUUUAUUACAGUUUUAUUACAUUUCUCUCCCAGCCUUUCUCCAAGGUGCUUGGGGUCACCUAGGUAGUUUUGCCACCACCUCCAUUUUCUCCUCACAACCACCCACCCUGUAGGUUAGGAAGCGAGCCAGUGAUUAGCAGAGUGAGCCAGUGAACUUUCCAUAGAUGUCUGGUUGGCCGUUGUGAGAACAGGAUGCUGGCUUAUCCAGUACACCCUUGUGUCCUUAUGAGCAUCGUGGCUGAAUGUGGAUUUGAACGCUGGUCUUCCCAGUCAGAGCCCAGUGUUACCACCCAAGCUCUCUACAGGAUCAGAUGGAAUUAGACCUGAGAACCUUAUGGUCUGAAUGCAGAUGGUAUCACUAUUGGUGAGGUACUGAAUACACCAGUAAGAAUAAUUGCACUGCAAUACAGUACUGAGCUUAUUCAAAAGGAAGUAAGCCCCAUUGAACACAGCUGCAUUUAUGCAUAAACAACUGUAGGAUUGCCCUGCAAAAGUCUGUAUGGUCCUCAUAUUUUGUCUUAUGAAAAUCAAUGCAGAAUUAAAGAGUUACGGUUCUUGGGAAAGCCAAAUUGUGUAGGCAUAUGGAAUAUUUGAACAGAGGUUCAUACAGAAAUCCGACUAUUAAUGUGGGUUUCAACAGAGAUAAUGGUUUAUUUGCCGAUUGUAUUCUGUAUAUUUUAUGUCUGCCAUCUCUUUAAGAACCUGAGAAUGGUACCUCUUUAUCAGCUUUUAACUGACUUCCCCCAAGAUCCAACUGAGCAUUUCAAGUAGGCUGUCUCCAAUGAAAGCUUACGCCAUUUUGUAAUAUCAAACUUAGUCUCAUAGUGCCAUCAAAUUAAUUUUGAACCAAAGGAGAUACCAUUGCUUCUUCAUUGGCCUAUGGAUGUAACUAUACAUGACAGGUAAAGAACAUUUUCUACAGCCUCGUACACUAGUGAAGAAUUGUGCUUUCUUGGAACCAAAUUAAAAGGUGUAUGGAAGUGGAGUGGAAGUCAAGAGAAGAGCAUUUUGUGAUUUGUCGUUACUCAAACAUCGCAGAUAGCAAACGUGAAAAGCUGCUGUCUUAGUUCUUUCUGCUGUGGCCAGCAGUCAGCAUUAUACUCCAGUACAGAAAAUGAUGGGUACAACCGAUAUGCAAGGUGAUUGUGCUUGUGUCAACAAAAAGUCAAUGCCUUGGA